CAGAAGUGCUGGCCAAAGUUGGAAUGUCCUGUUUUGAUGUAUUGCCUGUUGUUAAGAGCCAUGUGUUUCUUGGGAGAAUAUCUCAGGUGCCAAUUUUGAUUGAUGAAGAAAAGGCUGUAAUUGCUGAUUUCUGUUUGAAUCGGUCUUCAGCAGAAAAGCUCAUGUCUGCCAUCUUGACUAAAUUAAAGACUGAGAAGAGCAUUCUGAGUUGUAAAAAUGUACAAGCUCUCUGUAGAGUCUACACCGGGAUAUGUCGCCAGAUAGGGGACUAUCAGAAAGCCCAUGCCUUAGCAUAUAAUAUUCUCAAAGAGGAUUUUCCUAAUGCCUCCAAGCUAAUUUUGUUCAUGGUCGCAACAUGGCCAAGUGUGCUCUUCCAUGAGACCUCCUUGUGCAAAGCCGUUCAUACAGUGGCCAAGCUUAAAGCAGAAGAUGACAUUUUGGAAUACCUGACUAAAUAUCUACACUGGGAUGAG